GAGUGGGAAGUAAAAAGUUGGAAAUUAUUAGUUAAACUAUCUAAUCAUAUUUUAUUUGUCUUACAUAGUGCGAAUAUGAUAAUCUCACCACCGACUGACUUUCAUAACAAUAGAUGAUUAACAAUAACAAACAAGAUAUAAUAUUGACUACAGUAUUGUUUGGUUUCUCUUUAAUACUAUAUGAAAGAUAACAACUUAGAUUCGAAUUGAUCAUAUCCUUAAACGUGUUCACAUUAACAAUUUCAUCAUAACAAAAAUCGUAAAUAUGUAAACUGAAGAAAAAUUAGUAGAUAAAACAAUACUCCAAAAAGUUUUAGCUUUGUGGAUCUGCAAGUGUGUUAACUCAAAUUUUUCAUAUGAAUACAUAUUUUUUUGUAAUAGUUAAAGAGUAAUUGGCGUAGAUGCACCGAGAAACCCAUGUAAUUUGUCAUAUAACUUUGUUUUUUAAAAAUAUUUUUAGUGACUAUAAUACCCUUAUCUCUAUCUCUAUCUUUUCUUCUUAUUAUGUGUUCUAAUCUAUUUAUCUCUCGUACAAAUUCUUCAAAUCAUCUUCUAAUUCAAUUCAAAUCUUUAUUUUUUUAUUCUGAUUCUUUUGACAUCCAUAAUGCUAAUCUUAUUAUCUCAUCUCAAUUCCGAUGUUUCCAAUUUCGAAUCACAAUCAACUUUUAGAUAAUAUAUACGUUAGUAGGUAUUUUAUUACUUAUCUGCUAUUAUUUAGAUUUUAAUGGAUUCUUAAUCGAUAUAUGAAGUGUUAGCUGUUACAAAUAGAUUUGAAGCUAUUUAAUAGAUAACUAAUUAAUUGUUAAUAGUUUCAUUAACUGAUAUAUGAUUUGUUAGUCGAUACAUUUGUUUGAUACAUAGAUUGUUAGAUGAUACUGAAAUUAUUAGCGGAUAUGUUAGUUGGUAUGUAGAUUGUUACCUGCUAUGUAAAUAUUUAACUGAUAGAUCUAGAGUUACUUGUUUUCGACAAAGCAUAAGGGCAUUUUCGUCCGCAUAGUGUCAAAAAGUUACUAUUUUUGGGUUAUUCCACACAUUGUCUCAUAGUUAAAUCUCACAACAAUCCAAAAAAUAGCUAUUUACUGUAUAUUUUAGACUGAAUUGAUUAUAGUUACUAUUCUUGUAUCACUCCAGUAUGAUCCAGCUAAACAAAACAACUCUUUAGAUCACUCCACUGAAAUAAGGAUAUUGAAAUUACUAUUACAAACAGUCAAUUAAUUAUGAAUCAGGACAAAAGUUACCAUCAACCAUCUAUAAAAAGUGCAAUAAUCCAUUUGUAAGUUUGCCAAUUAUUUUUUCUAAACGGUUUAACCGAAUCAUUUGGUUAAUUCAAGUACUGUAUCUAAAAACCUGGCAACUGAUGGCGCCAAAUUGUCAAAUAUUAUACCACAUAACAAUAUAAAGAAAAUAAAAUCGUCCAGGAUCCUCUUUCAAACUCGAAAGGCUUCCUGGCCGAGUGGAUUUCUGAUUCGUAUAAAGAGGACAUAGGACAAUUUAAGUGUCCUUUUAUUAAAUUAUUGAAAAAACUGUAUCUUUCAUCAAUUUGUUCUUCUCUAUUAGUUUAUAAUAAUACCAUACAAAAACAAUACCUAUAUCCCCACCCACUUACACAGACCAUUUCCUCCAACACAAACUUUUCCUCCAUAGCAUCUGAAUCGGCGCAUCUCUAACUCAACAGGUACGGUUGCAAACUUUGUUUCUUACUAAAAAUAAAACCUGCCUACUUGGUAUUACUAAACAUCACCGCUUUGUGAUUAGUUCUGUUUUGCUGUUUAUUAUCUUGAUCAGGGAGAGCAAAAAGAUUCAACCUCUAAACCAGGUUUUCUCUCGGAGACUUUCAGUAUUAAGGGUUUCUUGUGGAACAAUUCUUAGGGUUUGUUAGGGUUCUUGAGAAAACUGAUGGGUUCUUAUUCUGCUGGGUUCCCUGGAUCAUUUGACAACUUCGAUUUCAAUUAUGGAGACGGCUUCUAUUUGGAUGAUCAAGCUUUACUAGAAAUCCCAUCUCCCUUUCCUCCUCCUCCUCCAGCUCCUCCUCAUCCGGAUCCAUAUUCACAUGCUGCUGAUGCUGAAUCUGAUUUCUCUGAUUCUGUUCUGAAAUACAUAAGCCAAGUGCUUAUGGAAGAAGACAUGGAGGAGAAGCCUUGUAUGUUUCACGACGCUUUGUCUCUUCAAGCAGCUGAGAAAUCUCUCUAUGAAGCUCUCGGCCAGAAGUACCCUGAUCAUCCUGAGCGGUUGGCUCAUAGUCCUGACGGUUCUUCUCCAGGUUAUGCCUCAAGCACCACUUCCUCUGACUGGAGUUUUGAUUGUUUGGAGAACAGUAGACGACCUUCUUGGUUGCACUCACCCAUCUCCAACAACUUUGUUUUCCAGUCUACUAGAUCCAAUCCCAAGCCUUCUGGUGGAAGUAACGUGGCUCUCAAGUCAAGUUUUAAUAACGAUUUGGUUUCUAAUAUGUUCAAUGACAGCGAAUUGGCGUUUCAGUUCAAUAGAGGUAAGGAGGAAGCUAGCAAGUUCCUUCCAAAGAGUUCUCAGUUAGUUAUAGAUGUGGAGAGUUACAUCCCACCAAAUAAUGAUCCUAAGGAGCAUCACUCUGUGCUCCCUUACAGAAGCACCGGAAAGAAAAAACAUUGGCGUGAAGAUGAACAUUUUCUGUCUGAAGAAAGAAGUAAAAAGCAAUCAGCUGUUUACGUCGAUGAAGCUGAGCUAUCUGAAAUGUUUGAUAAAGUUCUGUUAUUCGGCCGGCCUAAGGAGCAACCUCUAUGCAUUCUUAACGACAACUUCAUAAAAGAAACCGCCAAAGACGAUUCAUCAUCAAGUUAUAAAAGCGACACAACGCAACAGAAGCAUGCAGCUAGUGGCAACAGUUAUAAGAAAGAGACGACACCUGAUCUGAGGACACUUUUGGUCUCAUGCGCACAAGCUGUGUCUAGUAAUGACCGUAAAAUGGCGGAAGAUUUGUUGAGACAAGUAAGGCAGCAUUCUUCAUCUCACGGAGAUGGCACAGAGAGGUUAGCUCAUUACCUCGCAGACAGCCUCGAAGCACGCUUGGCCGGGACGGGUACGCAGAUUUACACCGCCUUGUCUUCCAAGAAAACAUCUGCUUCCGACAUGCUGAAAGCUUACCAGACGUACAUAUCCGUCUGCCCGUUCAAGAAAACAGCGAUCAUAUUCGCUAACCACAGCAUCAUGCACUUGGCUCCUACCGAUGCCAAAACCAUCCACAUCAUCGACUUCGGCAUCUCUUACGGCUUCCAGUGGCCUCCUCUGAUCCACCGCCUCGCUUGGAGACGCGGUGGAUCGUGUAAGCUUCGGAUAACCGGUAUAGAGCUUCCUCAACGCGGGUUUAGACCGGCCGAGGGAGUUAAUGAGACGGGUGAACGGCUAGCUAGGUAUUGUCAGAGGUACAAUGUUCCGUUUGAGUAUAAUGGUAUUGCUCAGAAGUGGGAAACAAUCAAACUUGAGGACUUGAAGCUAAGAGAAGGCGAGUUUGUUGCUGUGAACUCUUUGUUCCGGUUUAGGAACCUGUUAGAUGAGACGGUGGCGGUCCACAGCCCGAGAGAUGCGGUUCUGAAGCUGAUCAAGAAGAUCAAACCAAACGUCUUCAUCCCCGCGGUCCUCAGCGGCUCCUACAACGCGCCUUUCUUUGUGACGAGGUUUAGAGAGGUUCUGUUUCAUUACUCUUCUCUCUUCGACAUGUGCGACACGAGCCUGCCUCGAGGAGAUCCGAUGAGGGUUAUGUUCGAGAAGGAGUUCUACGGGAGGGAGAUAAUGAACGUGGUGGCGUGCGAGGGGAGUGAGAGAGUGGAGAGGCCUGAGAGUUAUAAGCAGUGGCAGGCGAGGGCGAUGAGAGCCGGGUUUAGACAGCUUACGCUUGAGAAGGAGCUGGUUCAGAAACUGAAGCUGAUGGUGGAGAGUGGAUACAGAAGCAAAGAGUUUGAUGUUGAUCAAGAUGGUAACUGGUUGCUUCAAGGCUGGAAAGGCAGGAUUGUGUAUGCUUCGUGUACUUUGGUUCCUAUUCUCUUUCUCGAUUCGUCUCCAUCAUUCGAUUUCGAUCGAAACCCUAGCUUCCUCGCCGACCCAACGGAGGAGCCUGACGAAAACGAUUCCUCCACUACUCUCCUGAGGUACGUCACUCAGAUCCUCAUGGAAGAGAGCGCUGGCGACAAGCAGUCCAUGUUCUACGAUUCCUUAGCGUUACGAAAAACCGAGGAGAUGCUGCAGCAAGUGAUCACCGACUCCAAAGCUCACUCCGCAACAAGCGGGAGCAUAGGGUCGUCGUCGUCGUCGUGGUCGAGUAGUGUACCUGUGCAUGAGAUUGUUGUCAGGAGUAUGUUUAGUGACGCGGAAUCGGAUUUACAGUUUAGGAGAGGGCUUGAGGAAGCUAGGAAGUUUCUUCCUAACAGCGACCAAUGGGUGUUCAAUCUCGAAAAGCCUGCUGUUCGAGAAGUUAUUAAAGAAGAGAGAGUUAAGAAGAGUCACCAGAGAGAAGUUCUUGAUCUUGAAGAACAAGUUAGGAGUAGUAAGCAGUCUGCUACUAACGUUGAAGACGUCGAGGUUACUGAUAUGUUCGAUAAGGUUUUGCUUCUCGAUGGUCAAUGCGAUCCACAAACAUUGUCGUCUCAAGAAACAAUGAGUAACAAAAAGAAGAAGAAGAAGAAGAAGAAGAAGAAGAGUCAGGUUAUUGAUUUUCGCACGCUCCUCACUCACUGCGCGCAAGCAAUCUCCACAGGGGACAAAACCACGGCUCUUGAUCUACUCUUACAGAUAAGGCAAGACUCCUCUCCCAUGGGCGACGCGUCCCAGAGGCUCGCUCACUGCUUCGCAAACGCGCUUGAGGCGCGUUUGCGAGGCAGUCCUGUCAUCCAGACUUACUACAACGCCAUCACCUCGUUGAAAGAGACGGCUUCGGAUAUACUAAAAGCCUACAGAGUCUACCUCUCCUCGUCUCCGUUCGUGACCUUGAUGUACUUCUUCUCCUUCAGGAUGAUCCUCGACGCGGCCAAAGACGCCGAGGUUCUCCACAUAGUCGACUUCGGGAUCCUCUACGGCUUCCAAUGGCCUAUGUUUAUACAGUACAUGUCGGGGCGUAAAGACGUGCCGAGGAAGCUAAGGAUUACUGGUAUAGAGCUGCCUCAGCGAGGGCUGCGUCCUGCGGAGCGUAUAGAGGAGACGGGGAGGAGGUUGGCUGAGUAUUGCAAACGGUUCAACGUGCCGUUUGAGUACAAAGCCAUUGCCUCUCAGCAUUGGGAGUCCAUACGGUUAGACGAGUUUAACAUCAGACCGGGCGAGGUUUUAGCGGUUAACGCAGGCCUUAGGCUCAAGACGCUUCAAGACGAGACGGGUGGGGAAGAGACUUGUCCGAGAGACGCGGUUUUAAAGCUGAUAAGGAAGAUGAACCCUGAUGUGUUUGUACACGCGAUUGUGAACGGUUCUUUCAACGCGCCGUUCUUUAUUUCCCGGUUUAAAGAAGCGGUUUAUCACUACUAUGCUUUGUUUGAUAUGUUUGAUUCGACGCUGCCGAGGGAUAACCAGGAGAGGAUAAGGUUCGAGAGGGAGUUUUACGGGAGGGAGGCGAUGAAUGUGAUAGCCUGCGAGGAAGGGGAUAGGGUGGAGAGGCCGGAGACGUAUAGGCAGUGGCAGGUGAGGAUGGUUAGGGCCGGGUUUAAGCAGAAACCGGUUAGGGAUGAGAUUGUGGAGUUGUUUAGGGAGAAGCUGAAGAAGUGGAGGUAUCAUAAAGAUUUUGUGGUUGAUGAAAAUAGUAAGUGGUUGUUGCAAGGGUGGAAAGGUAGGACUCUUUAUGCUUCUUCUUGUUGGGUUCCUGCUUAGUGUUUGUAGUUCUUUUUUUUUGUUUGUUACACAAGAUCAUGUAAUCUUAGGAAUAAUCUAAUAUAUCUUGUAGGAUUUUGUAGCUCAAGUUCACCCUCAAUAUGUAUACAAAACAUUUUGUA